AGUGAGUGUGAGCAGAGCUUUACAUACAAGUACGCCCUCGUGAAUCACAAGCGCAUCCACACUGAGGAGAGACCCUACAAGUGUGACCAUUGUGGGAAGAGCUUCAAGCUGAACUCGUAUCUCUACUUCCACCAGCGAACCCACACUGGGGAGAGACCCUACAAGUGUGGUCAGUGUGAGAAGAGCUUCAGAUACAACUAUGCCCUCGUGAAGCAUCAGCACAUCCACACUGGGGAGAGACCCUAUGAGUGUGAUGAGUGUGGGAAGAGCUUCAAAUCCAACUCUGCCCUCGUUAAGCAUCAGCACAUCCACACUGCGGAGAAGCCCCACAAGUGUGAUGAGUGUGAGAAGAGCUUCGUGGAGAGGUCAGAUCUUCUCCGCCACCAACGUUCCCACACUGAGGAGAAACCCUACAAGUGUGAUGAGUGUGGGAAGAGCUUCAAGCAGAGCUUGAGCCUCAGCUCCCACCAACACACCCACACUGGGGAUUAACCCCACAAGUGUGACGAGUGUGGGAAGAGCUUCUUGGUCAAGUGGAUCCUCAUCAAACACCAACAGACCCACCUGGGAUAG